GUUAUGCCCAAUGCUCCAUAUCUGAACUGCUUUGAGGCAAUAAAGCCGCUGCGGCAACUGUGGACUAAAAGGAAUCCUGCCGCCAUGGUGCCCACUAUCGCAUUGCCACCAAAGCGACAAACAAGGACGAGACAGCCCCUUAAACACUCCGCACCUUGCGCCGCUGCUUCAUCCUUUUUCUUUUUGCCUCCUUCAUCCACUCUCACCCAUCCUUCACAAUCUCAUAUAACCAACCAUGCCCGUGAUUCUCGUUUCCUCAGACAACCAAGAGUUCAAGGUCGACAAGGAGGUCGCCGAGCGUUCGAUCCUGAUCAAGAACAUGCUUGAGGAUGUUGGUGAGACGGACUCCCCCAUUCCCUUGCCUAAUGUCACUGCCGCAGUCCUGACCAAGGUGAUCGAGUACUGCGAGCACCACCGCAAUGACCCCGUCCAGGUCCCCGACGAGACUGACGAUCCUCGCAAGCGCUCGAACGAUAUCGAGGAGUGGGAUAUGAAGUUCAUGCAGGUGGACCAGGAGAUGCUGUUCGAGAUUAUUCUUGCCGCCAACUACCUCGAUAUUAAGCCAUUGCUCGACGUCGGAUGCAAGACCGUUGCCAACAUCAUCAAGGGCAAGACCCCCGAGGAGAUUCGCAAGGCUUUCAACAUUGUCAACGACUUCACGCCCGAGGAAGAGGCCCAGAUUAAGAAGGAGAACGAGUGGGCUGAGGACCGCUAAAUGUAUCACGAACACUCCUGGAUGUCUUUUGUCUUCUUGUCGACAGGUCUGCUUGCCAUAAGACCUUGCCUUAGGAUGCAGCCAGUCAGUCAUGCGAGAGAAGGCACCGGAUGAAUGGAUUCUGGAAUAUUAAUGAUCGACACCAGCUUUCACCUUUCUUACGCGCGUCCUGCGCUUGAAGGAAUUUUUUUUUUGACUCACCUCACCUCUUUAUCUUCAACAAAGCAAUAAAACGCUACAGAAUACCACA